AUGAUGUCUUCUACCGACGGGUCCUCGAUGCUUGAUAGCAGACCUCUCAGCAAAGAGGAGGUCGACCGACCCGACAAGCUAAUGUCAGGACCUGGCGGUGCUGGCGAACCAGACGCCGGAGGUCCCCCAUCCGCAUUUUCGUCGACCUUCCAAGAGGCCGUCUUCAUCCUUGUCAUCGGCUUGUCGCAGCUCUUUUCUGUUGGCGGUCUUGGAAAUGCAGCCUUCUCGGUGCAGGAAAUUAGUCUCUCGCUCAACACCACGAGCAAUGGUCAGAUGUCCUGGUUCCUGGCCGCAUACUCCCUCUGCGGUGGUGUCUCUGUUCUGGUGACUGGACGACUGGGCGACCACUUUGGCCACAAGUAUGUCUUCCUCUUCGGAUGGAUGUGGAUGGCGCUUUGGUCGCUGGUCAGCGGUUUCGCCAAGGAUAUCGUUCUCUUCGACAUUGCUCGCGGGAUGACUGGCAUCGGCAACGGCGCACUGGUCCCCAACUCAUUCGCCCUCCUGGCGCGGGCAUUCCCUCCAUUUUCGGCUAAGAAGAACAUCGCCUUUGCUUUCCUCGGUUUCUGCGCGCCUUCGGGUUACAUCUUUGGUGGGCUCAUUGGUGCUGCCUUUGCGGAAAAACUCACCUGGCGAUGGGGGUUCUGGUUCUGGGCCAUUGGCUGCCUCGUCCUUGGCGUGGUGACCUAUUUCAUUGUUCCUCACAGCGUGGGAUCGCCGAUUCCCGGACUCAGCAUCAAGCAAUUCGACUUCAUUGGAACGAUCCUUGGCGUCUCGGGACCCAUCCUCUUCUCCUUCGCCUGGAACCAAGCCUCCGUGGUGGGCUGGCAAGAACCCUACGUCUACGCCCUUCUCAUCGUCGGCAUUUUCUUGAUCGUUCUUUUUGUCCUCUCGCAGUCGCGCGUCCAGGCCCCCGUCCUUCCGAAUACGCUCUGGACCCGCAAGGGCUUCUCCCCGGUCGUGGCAGCCAUGUGGUUCGGCUGGAUGUCCUUUGGCAUCUUCCUCUACUACACGACCAUCUACAUUCUCACCGUCCACAGGGCGCAGCCGCUCACGGCCGUCGCGCAGAUGGUCCCGCUGGUCAUCGGCGGUCUAUUCGCGACUGCCUCUGUCGGCCUCUUCAUCGCCAAGGUCCCGGCGCAGUAUAUCUUCGGCGUCUCCAUGUUCUCCUUCCUCAUCGGUAACCUGCUCAUGAGCUUCGCCAACUACUCCCCCGUCUACUGGGCCUUCAUCUUCCCUGCGUGUCUGCUUGUCGUCGGCGGACCGGAUCUCUCCUUCGCCUCAUCGGGCAUCCUCAUCUCGAACGCGGUCUUGCCCGAGGAGCAGGGUGUCGCCGGCUCAUUCGUCUCCACCGUCGUGCAAUACUCCAUCUCCAUCGGUCUGGGUAUUGCGGCGACCCUCGAGGCGCAUGUAAACAACGGCGGGAAGGACAUUGUGCGCGGGUACCGGGGGGCGCUCUGGCUCGGUAUCGGCUUUGCGGCUGUCGCCUUCGUCAUUGUUCUUUUCUUCGUCCGGGACACCCGGUUCGACAAGAAGGACAAUGAGAAGGAUGCUGCGAGCAGCACUGAUGGUGCCUGUGAGGCUCCUGCCGACAAGGCCAAUGCUUGA